AUGGCCUCUCCGGCUCCCACCGCUUCACCUCUUCGUUGCUCAGUGUGUGAAAUGUUUAGUUAUUCCUCUGCCUCCUUUAGUGAAGACGGUAAGUGCUUAAAGUGUAGCUUAUUUGCAGGGCUGGAGGUGAGGCUCAGUCAGUUAGAGGUCCGGUUCGGCCAACUAAACCAUAGUCCGAGAGCCUCCUCAGCUAACCAGGCUAAGCUAGCGGCGGACCGGCCCGUAGCAGCUGAGCGUAGCCGCUCCCCUGCAGCUCCCGAGCAGCCGGCCAGUCAGGCCAGGCAGGGCAGCUGGGUGACGGUUCGGAGGAAGCGUAGUCUUAAAGGGCUCACAGAACACCACCACCCGCUUCAUGUGUCUAACCGUUUUUCCCCACUCAGCGACACAUCUGUUGAGAAACCGACCCUGGUGAUUGGAGACUCUAUUGUAAGACAUGUGAGGCCGACUCCAGAGACCUUAGUUAGGUGCAUCCCGGGGGCCAGAGCGGGCGACAUGGAAGCAAAUUUGAAGCUACUGGCAAAGGGUAAUCGUAAAUAUGGUAAAGUUAUCAUCAAUGUCGGAGCUAACGACUCCCGUCUUCGCCAGUCGGAAGUAACUAAAAUGAAUAUUGUCUCGGUGUGUAACUACGCCAAAACCAUGUCGGACUCUGUAGGUUUUUCUGGUCCCCUCCCCAAUCUGACCAGCGAUGACAUGUUUAGUCGCAUGCUCUCGCUCCGCCGCUGGUUGUCUCAGUGGUGUUCAGAAAACGACGUGGACUUUAUUGACAACUGGGAGACAUUCUGGGGAAAGCCCGGUCUGAUUAGAAGGGACGGCAUUCAUCCCACCCGGGAUGGUGCAGCUCUUAUGUCUAGAAAUCUGGCCAAUGUUAUUAGACACUCCCCCUGACAAUGCAGGGUCCAGGCCAGGAUGCAGAGCUGUAGUUUAACACACUUCUCUGCUGCUUCUCGAGGACCAACGCCUGCCAACAAAACUGUAGGAUUGCAUUAUGUAAUUAGCGACUCUAAAACUGUAGGAUUACAUGAUAUUGGCGACUCUGGCCAGGUGCCUAACAAAAUAGAAGUGGUUGCAGUUCCCCGCCCUCCAAAAGUUCACCAGGUGCAGCGUUAUAGAGGCGUUAACCAAGAUAACCUUGUAAAAAUUAAAACCAAUGUACAUUUGGUACCAAUUAC